UAUAAACACUCCCUCUCUCUCUCUCUCUAGAUAUAUAUAUACAUAUAUAUAUAUAUCACUCUUCUUCUUCUUCCUUGUCUCCCACACUACACAAGAGAAGAGAAAGAGAAGCCAAGAGAGAGAGAGACAAAUAGAGGCUAUCACAUAAUAAAGGUUUAUAUAUAUAUACAUAUAUAUCGAGAUCAAGAUCAAGAUCGAGAUAGUUGGAUUGAUGGGAAAGAUAUGGGACGUGGUUCAGGGACUGAAGCCGGCGAUGAUGAUGGUGACGGUGCAGAUAGGACUGGCCGGCGUCAACAUUUUCUACAAGCUCGCCGGAAACACCGGCAUCAGUAUUCCCGUUCUCAUCGCCUACCGAUUCUUGUUCGCCGCUGCCUUCGUCAUCCCUCUUGCCCUCCUCCUCGAUUCCAAGAAAAAGAAACCGAAACUGACAUGGAACGUUGUCUUGCUAGCCUUCAUUUGUGGUUUGUUUGGAGGAUCGAUGGCCCAAAAUAUGUAUGCAAAAGCAUUAGUCCUAACCUCAGCAACCUUCGCAGCAGCCAUGACUAACAUCAUUCCUGCUGUCACUUUCAUCCUCGCAAUACUUUUUAGAAUGGAAGGGUUAGGACUAAAGACAUGGGCAGGGAAAGCAAAGAUAAUGGGGACAUGCCUGUGCAUUGGAGGGGCCAUGGUUUUGACUUUUUACAAGGGGUUCGAGGUCAAGGUCUGGUCAACGAACUUUGACUUGUUGAAUAAAAGUCAACAUCCAGGUGGGCCGCCGCAGAAGCCGCCGAAUGGUAAAAACAACAUUAUAGGGUUUUUUCUUGCAAUGGGCUGCUGCUUCUCUUCUUCCUUUGCUUUGAUCUGUCAGAGUAAGAUGGGAAAAGUAUAUCCUUACCAUUAUUCAAGCACUGCAAUAAUAUCGUUGAUGGGAGCAGUUCAAGCCUCUGUAUAUGGAGUUUGUGUAGAAAGGGAUUGGAGCCAAUGGAGAAUUGGUUGGAACGUCAAGCUUCUUGCUGCUGCCUAUAUGGGAAUUGUGGCGUCCGGUGUACUGUGGGCUUUCAUGAUGUUGUGCGUGAGGAUGAAAGGACCGUUGUUCGUAUCCGUCUUCAACCCUUUGAUGCUCGUCCUCGUUGCACUCUUCAGCUCUUUAUUCCUCAAUGAGAAGUUAUAUUUGGGAAGCUUUUUGGGAGCAGUGAUAAUAAUUUGUGGACUAUAUUCAGUUCUAUGGGGAAAGGGCAAAGAAAUGAGAAAGAUUAACAAAUUAGUCCCAUCAAAUUCUACCAAGAAAUCAUCAUCAGCUCAUCACCAAAACAACAAUAAUGUUCUUGAUCAUCCUCACAUUAAUAAACCUCAUGAAGUUGUUGGAGAUGAUCAAAGCUUCAAGGGCUUUAAUGGUGAAUCCACAAAUUAUUCGGUUUUGGCGCUUGCUCCGAGCUUUUUACCCGAACCCACACCUGAACUAUUCGAAAUAUUUGAUGGCGGCGGCGGCGGCGACGACGACGAAGAAGAAGGAAAAGAUGUUGAAAAACAGAUACCCAAGUCCAACCCUCAAGCCAAGAAUUAGAUGGAUCUAUUACAUUCUUUUCUUUUUUAUUAUUUUUUUUUUUGAAAAAAAUAAAAUAAAUUGGAAAACUAUCAUAGCUAGCAUGUAUAGUUCUUAUAUGCAUGUGAACAUAUUCUGAAACCAUAUAUUGGAGCAUAACAACUCAUGUACUAUGUUGAGGCUUGUGGGUGAAUUAUAUCUAUAUGUAAUAUCUAUUGAGAGACAUGUUUU